AUGGCAGGUGUAGAAGCACUAAAAGGCACAUGGGAUUAUGUCGAUGGAAAAGAUUUUGACAAAUAUAUGUCCGAAAUUGGUGUUUCAUUUUUAAUGCGUCAAACUGCCAAAUUAAUAACACCAAGAAUUAUAAUUAGUGAAGUUAAUGGUAGAUGGACUGUAAGAAGUGAAACACAUAUAAAGAACGUACAAUAUGAUUUUAUUCCUGGUGAAGAAUUCGAUGAAACAACACCAGAUGGUCGCGAAGUGAAAUCAUUGAUCAAAUUUGAAAAUGGUCGUUGGAUACAUUCAAGUCGUGAUAAAAAAGGCAAAGAAUCAGUUGUUACUCGUUAUGUUGACGAAGCUGGUCUUCAUCAAGUUAUUUUAACAUGUGGUGAUGUGAGAGCAACUCGUGUUUACAAAAGAGCUGACACCUAA